AUGGCACUGAUCGAAUUCGAUCCACACAACCUGCAAUCGGUAAAACUUGGCUGUCACUGCAUCCAGGCAUUAUGCUUAGUUUUCAUUUUUGUGCUCGAAUUAGUUGUCUUUAGCAGAGCGACUUUAAUUGACGGCCGAGUAGGAUGGCAGUUUGGUCUAGUUUUCUUGACCGUACCAGCAAUCUUAUAUCUCACCAUGAUCGUACGCUUUCCUCGCACUAGGAAGUUUGCCCAGCCGUACGCUCUGGCAACCGUCGACUUUUUCUUUGCAAUCCUCUGGAUAUCAGGCUUCUCUGCGCAAGCCUCAUACAACUCAACGAAUAGAUGUUAUGGGGCAUGUGGUGUCAGUAAGGCCAUCGUAGGCCUCGGCUUUGUGACAUGGAUUUUCUGGGUUCUUACAACAGUAAUGUCUCUUUACGGCGUCAUGUACUGGAAGCGCGAAGGUUAUCUUCCAGGUGUUUCUCGAAAUCCAUACAAUGCCGCCAUGAUCGAUCCAGACAAGGAGGCUUUUAGCACUGCACCCCAUAGUGACGAUUAUGUAGUCGUCCAUAAUUCUGGCGAGCAUGAGACUCCAUACUACAGUGGUGUAGGUAACAGCCCCUACACAGAACGUCCAUCUGGUUAUGUUCCACAGCACAUUAGACAAGAGGAAGAAGAGACAGCUUACAUGGGAUACACGGGUGCGGAUGCAAAUUUAUCGGGGAGGGUGCAAUUUCCCGUGGCGAAGUACGAAAAUGUCUGA